GUAGAGGUGUCCGUUUCAGAACUCUUCAGGCUACGAGCUGCGAAUUGUUCUUCAGUACGGCUACCAACCCACUUUUCAAAUUCCUCGACGUCUCGAUAACAGUUCUUGUGUUCCAGUAGAUGAACGAUGAAUUUAAAACGCGUCGACAAAGAAUACGUCAGAUCUUCGAAGCCAAUGUACAAUAACAUCCUCUUUUCCUAAAAUGAAAGAAAACAAAAAUGAAUAUAUCUUCUAUUUCCCAAAAUCAAUAGCCAAAUUGUUAAAUUAAAUAUGUAUAUGAUUGAAAUUUAUAAAAAGGAUUUACGUUACAGAGGACACAAAUGUAGAUUCCUAUUUUUCCACCCAGACGACCCCUCGCGUCUGUCGCUUGAAAACACCGGUGUUAUUACAACUGUUCGUCGCGGUAUAUAAUUGACGAAUCGCGAAAACCGCGAUCAAUGCACGUUACUCCAUCGACGAUGAAGAUAUUCGUCGUAUGUUUCGUCACUUGGGCUCUGAUAAAUCAAGAGGCGGUACGCGCGACCAGUCUUACCGCCUCGAGAAGCGAUGACGAGCAUCAUUUAACAUCGUGGUCAAGUUCUUCAACAUCCGCGGAGGAACUCGAGAAUAUCGAGCAUCGAAACAUAAGAUCGGCUCACUUGGAAUCCUCCGGGUCCAGUAUCUCUUCUUCUUCCAGGAAGGUGGAGUCUAAACAGGAAAGGUCAUCGUCAGUGGACACCAAAGGACAGGACGAGGGCGAAGGGAAGCAUGUGUCUCUGAAGAAAGUGGAGAUUUCGCAGCACGAUGUGAGGCAGAAAGAUGAUAAAAAGGGCGGGAAAGAAGUGGAGAAGAAAGUCAUCGUGAAGGAAACGAAGAACACGGCGACAAAGUCUUCGAGUUCCAGCACGGAGAUAAAGACGUUGAAGGAGGAGAAGAUCAAAGCCGAAGCUCGAGCCCGAAAGGAAUCGGAAGCUCGAUCGAAGGCUGAGAAAGAAGCUGCGGAGGCGUUACGGAAGUUGAAGGAACUGGCGGCAGCGCUGAAGCAAGCCGAGGCGAAGGCGAAAUCGGAGGCGAACGCUUUAGCGGAAAUAAAAGCCAAGGAAGAGGCGGAAGCGAACGCUUUGGCUGCCGCUCGUGCACAGAUCAAGGCCAAGUCCGAGGAGGCUGCGCAAGCGAUACAGAAGGCGAAACUCGAGGCUCAAGCUCGUACAAUAAUACAAUCCAAUAUUCUUCCCAUCGUAAAGCGAGCUAUAGCGAAAGAAGACGCGGUAAUUAACGGAGAAUUAUGGAAGAAGGCGCAGCUUGCGGCUAAGACAGCUGAAGCUUCUAGUGCAGCAUCUCAGAAAGCUGUAAAGGCGAUCAAAGCGGCUCUUGCUGCCCGAGCAGAAGCUUCUGCUAAAGUAAAGGCCGCUCUGCUGGCAAUCGUCGCCGGGUCGGAGGCGUCCUGUAACGCCAAAGCCGCAGCCGUCGCUUCGAGUAUCGCUUUGAGGCAAGCUGAAAUCUCCUCGAAAGCUGCAGCUAACGCUCAGGUGCAUGCUUUGGACAUGACUAGAGAUGCGGAGAGAAUAGCAUCCGGUGAAGAAGGAGCUGUUGAGUACGCGAUUGAAUUAGCUACCAAGUCGAAGAACAUUGCCAAUCAAUCUAAAUUAAAAUCAAAUUCGGCGGCUGAAGCCUCUGGGUCUGCGGCGGCUGCAAGCGAGGAGCUUGAAAAGUUACAAAGAAACGCAAGAACGCUCGCUAAGGACGCGAAUUCCGCGCAGAAGGCUGCACUGGACGAAGCGAAUGUCCUAGGCGCGGAGACCAGCCUGGUGGCUAGAGACGUGAUGGCUGCUUCGGCGAGAUCGGAUGUGGAGGCGGCCAUCAUCGAAGCGGAAGCUGCAGCUCGAGCAUCGGCGGCCGGAGCUAUCGGGGAUGGAGUUAUCGUUGGAUUAGGAGAGACUGCUGACUCCAAUUUGGCACAGGCUAAAGAAUUAAAGAAAGCGGUCAAUGGUGUUGCGAAGAAUCUCCAUUAACGAGAUUAAAUGUACGGGGAAAAUUUAAAAAUAGAGGGAAAUGAUACCUUAUGAUCAUAGAUGAGAUAUGAAAUUUGAUAAAUAUAGAAUUGAAGCAAUGGA